AUGUCAGAUAUUGCGCUCGAGUCUCUAAGUUCAAAUAAUGGUGUUCGUAGAAGAAGAACGAUCGAACCUGAACUAGAGCACAACCCUCUGUCCAACCUCAUGUAUGGUAGCGAGAAGAAUCCUGAAAUUUUUCCUGACGGUGGGUUUGAAGCUUAUGUUGUCGUCUUUGGAUCAUUCGUCGGCUUGAUGGCAGACUUUGGUAUUCCCAACUCUUUAGGAGCGAUUGAGUCUUACGUUUCCACUCACCAGUUGAAAGGUGUUGAAGUUACUAGCUUGUCUUGGAUUUUCUCGAUACAUUUGGGUGUAAUGUUCUUUGGAGGUGCGUUCAUUGGAGGUGUGUUCGAUAAAUAUGGUGCACGAAUUCCACUUAUUGUCGGUACUGCUCUCAUGUGCUUGGGACUCUUUCUAACGGCUGAAUGUCAAACUGUUUACCAGUUCAUCUUGAGUUUCGGUGUCUUGACUGCCUUGGGUAUUUCAAUCGCAACUCAACCCUUGAUUAGUGCAAUUUCACAUUGGUUUUUGAAGAAAAGAGCUAUGGCUUGUUCCAUUGCGACAGCUGGUGGACUUGUUGGCUCUUCAAUAUUUGCAGUUAUGUUGCAAAGCAUGUACGUAUCCAUUGGGUUCAAAUGGGCGAUUAGGAUAUUAGCCCUAAUUUGCUUGUUUUGUAUGGUGGUAUCCAUAUUUUUGGUAAGAGGAAGGGCAGUGGCAGACCAAUUUAGAGUACAAGAUACCGAAGAUAUCGAAUCUACUAAAGAAUCGAAGCUUACAAUUUUUAUAAACUUUGUCAAACUGUGCGUUGAUUUCUCUGUGGCCAAAGAUAUCAAAUUUAUAUUGCUAACACUUUCAGUAGCAAUUUCAGAAUUAGCAUCUGUUUGUACGACUACCUAUCUUUCCUCUUAUGCCCUCCAGCAAGGAGUAAACGAAAAAUCUGCCUAUUUGCUUAUCACUGUAAUCGGAGUUUGUGGUAUUCCCUCGAGAUUAACCCUGGGUUGGAUAGCUGAUAAGUAUGGUAGAUUCAACGUUAUGAUUGGGACUUCGGUAAUUCUCACUAUCAGCAUCUUUGGUUUUUGGCUUCCAGCUGGGGGAAAUUUAGGAGUUUUAUAUGCUUUUGGUGUUGUGUUUGGGGUAGCCAACUCUGCAAUUAUUUCGCUUGUUCCUGCUUGCUGUGGGCAAAUCUGCUCAGUAGAGAACUUUGGUAAAGUAUAUGGAACAUUGUAUUUCUUCUUAACCUUUACUACUAUUUUAGGAAUGUACUGUGCUUCCGUUGUUAUUGGAACAGGAGCAUCUGCCAACUAUUCGAAUUUGAUUUACUACGAGGGUGGGCUAGCUGUAGUUAGUAUUAUCACUUGGACUACGGCUAGAUAUUUUGCAAUUGGUUGGAAGUGGGGAAAGUUCUAG